AACUGAACUAGGCAUACCGGGUAUCGAUUGUCGAAGUGGAUUUUCUUACUGAUAGUAUAUCCCUAUUCUUAAUGAUAGUGUGUUCGUAGUUUGAGGGUUAUAGAAUAAAGUGGACGGUUUCCGUAAAUGCUGUUUACCCGUGGAUUUACAAAAAUGAUUCAUUCACUGUAAUCUUUUUAAUCAAACUAUGUGUGAGCUUAAAAAAUAACAAACUUUUCACCGAAAAAAAUGGAAUAACAACUCAACCGCCAGUUUCACCUGUAACUGACGUCUUCAGUGGACACUGACGUCACCUUGACGUCGUGACGUCAUGGCGGAUGACACAUUGUGUAUUGGAGACUCCGUCUGUCUCUACUCAGCGGAAUCGUAUGGAUUCGUUUUCUCAACACAGACCAGCUCAGUUCACAAUGAAGUUGCUGUCGGGCACAAACAGAACAAAUCCAAACCUGACAUCAGGGAUCAAAAUGUUUUUGCGUUCGAAGUCUGCGUGGGGAAUCGUUACAAAUUAAACAAAGGUUAUCGCAAGCUAAAGUCAAAGAUAGCAGAUGAUCCAAAUAAUUACAUUCUUCGCAGUCAACUACAUCAAAAACAGAUUGCAGCUAAUGCUGAGACAGAGGAUAAUGAGCUGGAACAGAAGAGACAGCAGGGGAAGAAACUCCUAUAUGGGCAGAUAAUCCAGCUGAAACACAAGUUUACGGACAAGUUCAUCCAUGUCAGCACAACAGUUACCUCCUAUACAGAGAGCAACAAUAUGGCGGUGGAGCUACACGAUUACAAUGCCAAACACGCCCAGUUCAAGGUCAUGCCAAGGUACAAGGUCAAGGCUGAAGGAGAUGUGGUUCAAGUUGAUGACCAGAUUGUGUUUGAGAGUGUCAAAUCUCCAGGGCAGUACCUCCAUGUCUCGAAAAGUCUCCUUGGAGGCCAAUCAGUAUACCAGAAGGGCUUUGAAUUGAACCUGUCUGUCCAGCAGUCAGGGUUCACAGUAAUGCGGAAAUAUAAACCCACACCAGAUGAUGAGAAGAAAGUCAAGGUUGGUGACAUGGUGGCAUUUUACCACAAGGAGAUGGAGGCCUACCUUGUGGCUGAGGGACUGUUUGAUGAUGUUCUUACUGAAGAUGCCCAUCUGCGGAUGAGGCCAGUAGACCAGUCAAACCCGAAGACCUUGUUCCCCAGCAGUUCUGCAGUGACGUACUGGCAGAUAGAAUUACAGGAAGGCGCUGUUGCAGGAGGUGUGUUAAAGUGGGAACAGCAGUGUCGUCUGCUUCACAUGUGUACCAGGAAGUACCUGUGUGUGCAGCAGGGCGGAAAGGUGACUUUGACCUCCGACCACAUGGACCCCAACACAGUAUUCAGGCUGCAUCCAGUCAUUCGGGAAAGUGAUGAUAUACCAGAGGACAGCUACUGUCGUAUUGAACAUGUAGUUUCCGGCCACUGGAUGCAUGCUCUUACAGAGGAUUACAAAAAGGCGCAAGAGGGAUCUCAAACAGAUAGCAAAUCUAUGGGCUCACUCAAGUGGAGCAAUUCCCAGCUAAGGAAGAUCGGAGUUGUUGAGGAGAAACAGUAUGACGAUGCAUUCACGUUGCAAGCUGUCGAACAGCCGCUCGAGAAAAUCUUCAACUUCAUGGCUGGAAUGGUCCCUUUUAUACAGAAACUCGUAGCUGACAAAAAGGAUGGAGUGAUAUUAAAUGCCAAGGCGUCACACAGCAUUGUCACAGGUCUGGAGGAGAUUGCCGAGUUCAUGGUCGUGAAUGGGGAGCCAAUCAAACAGCGGCAGAAACUGAUGAGGAAUCUACGUAUUGUGGAACUACUGGUCAGCCUGCUGAAAUGUCCCUUCCAAGGAGCGGACCAGUUCCACAUGACUCGUAUAUUCAGCAUGGCGUACAAUGUGCUGUAUACAUACCUGAUGGGAAAUUCGCGCAAGAACGAACUCUACAUCGCAAAAUACAUUGACUUCUUUCUCACACAGUUUGAAAUCAAAGAGGGAAAGAUUGGUCUGAAUGCAGCACACAUGGUGAUGGAGUUGAUUCGAGACAAUCGGAAAAUUGUCGACAGAAUCACCCAUGACCACAUCGAUAAGUUUAUCGACCUGCUGAAACGGGACAAGAAUUAUCGAUACCUGGAUUUACUCAGCGUCCUGUGCGUGUGUGAUGGUGUAUCAAUAGCUGACAAUCAGAAAUACAUCACAGAAGUCUGGCUUAUGAAGGGCAUGAACUGCGUGUUCUUCACGGAUCUUGGCCAGAAGAUUGGAAUGGAUGAUGGGAAAGUUUACGUCUCAACAAAUAAUGGCAAAUCCUACAUAGAUCUAGUCACAUUUGCAAAUCGCCAUGUAGGUAUUGGCCAAAGUCACGAUCGAGACAAAGAGGAUGAUGAAUACCUCUUUUUGGAACAUCAACUGGAGCUGUUUGGCUACCUGUGCCAUGGCCAGAAUUCACACUCUAUAGCUGUGAUAACCCAGGAAUUGAACUAUCUGACCUGGGAGGAGGCAUUUACUUGUCUCAGUGAUGACCGACUACCAGACCAGCUGAGGGCCAUGUACUGUGACCUGAUUAUCACAUUGUUUGUGGACAUAGCGGACAACCACUCCGUUGUGGACAGGGUGAAACUCUCGUACAUCUAUGAUGAUGUGGAUAACGAAGAGAAUCGCACCGACAACAGCAGCUCACAGACAAGCAAGUAUUUCCCGGAAAUAAGCAGCUGGAUCUCGGACUUUCUUGGGCGCAAUGGUGACAUGACUGCCUCACUUAUCGGCAACAACAUGCUUGUCAGACAGGUGUUACGUCUCGUCCACUACCUUGUCCUCUUUGGCUUCUACGACAAGUCUGAGGACAUCAGGCGACUGCUGGAGCCUCUCAUGAGCCUGCUGGAUGGACGCAACGAUAAGCCAUACCCAGAGAACAAUGGAAAGGAAGCCCAGGAGAUGUUGGACGUAUUCAGGAAGACAGAACGUUUCAAACCAAGCCCGGAAACAAAGGCUAUUGUUGAGGCUAAAGUCCAGGCCUUGGAAGUUCUGGAUCUGUUUUUCAACUUCAUUUUCAACAUCAGACUGGAGAAAUUCAUCAACCUGUUCAAGACUACACAGUUUCAGGCCAACAAGCCCGGCGCUGUCGUUGAGUUAGCUCCCCUGAUGUUCGAUAACUUCCAGCUGGAACAAAACAUGAGUGUGGGCAAAGCUGGUCUAAAAAAGCUUGCAGAAAUCUUUGAGAUCACAUCCUUUCUCAAGGCCUAUGAGAUUGUGGAAAUCCUUUUGGAUCUGUCCCAUUAUGAGUAUGAUGACAUGGUACGUAAAUCCAUGCACCUACUGAACCGGCACUUCUCCGCCCACCAGAAUCUCUUCACAAGGGCCGUACAGGCUCAGGUGUUGAUCACAGACAUGUCAGUCCAGAUUUACAAUGACAUAGAGGAAAAACUACCCACCCUCCGCCGUCUGUCCUCAAACAAACUCGGUGACACUGAAGCUAGCCAGCUGGCAUCCAUCUUGGAUGGCCUCAUUCAUCACUGUCACCUGGAGGGUGAGGAGGAGGAACCUCACAAGAUGAACCAGAGCAUUCUCUACAACAAUGGGGUGAUAGAGGAUUGUUUCAACAUUCUCAACCAGGAGAUUGAUGUCAAACUGCUAGACCAGUACACAGGGCUGAAGAGUGUAUUUGAGAAGACAUUCAUCCUGAUGAAACGACUUGCUCGUGAAAACUCCGUGGUACAGGAGAGGUUGUUUGACAGACUGGACCUUCUCUUGUCCAAGGAAGGGGCCACAGCAGAACUAGCAGAGGCCCUCACUGAGGUUUUCACUGGUAACUCGAAGACAUGCAUGAAGAUAGCCCAACACCAGGUUCAGAAGAUCAUGGCCCUGGUUGCCGAAAACAAGUCCAGCGUCCCCCAGUUUCUGGACCUGCUAAAUGCCGUGGUGAAAGUUGAAGAACUGGAUCUACCAUUGAAGAGAAAUCAGGGCUUUGUCAUGACCUACUUUAUGCAGUUCCGUUCAGACGUGGCCGUUGUUAUUGACCAGGACGAGCAGGCUAGAGAGGCUGUUUUGACCUCCAGUAACAGCCAGGACCUCAACUUUCUCAUCUCCAUGGUGGACCUGCUGGCUACUUGUGCAGAGGGAGAGAACAGAUUCAUAGAAUCGAUUUGUCAAACGAUCUUCAAGAUCCCUGACCUCCUGCGGGUCCUCAAUAACCCGAAUAUCAGUGACAAUCUCAAGAGGCCCUUCCUGAGGUUCUUCUUGUGGGUGUACCUCAACACGGCCUCAGGCAUGAUUGAGAGCGGAGCCGGGGAUGUGCCACAUGACAAGGCCAUGUGGGGCUACCUUGACAGUUUGUGCGGUGUCCUCGAACGGGUGACUGAGUAUUGCAACAACAAUGCCCAGAUUGUAAAACAACUGCUGAAAAAGCCCCCAGGAAAAAAUGAGCGAGGUGCAGAUCGUUCCGAGCAGAUGCGAGGAUGUCUACACUACCUCUUCGAUGGAGUCAUGCCUUUUCUACAGAUAUUCUGUAGAAACUACUACCAGAUAGAUCAAGCUUUGUAUCCAGAGGAGCCACCGAAAAUUGAUAACCUUGCCAGGAAGUUUAAGGACUUUCUGGAAUCUGUGUCCCCGCUAGUGAGUAUUGAGCGCCAGAUGAGCAACCUAGUGUCAUGUAUGAGCGUGUUGUUUUCCAUUGCGACACUCGAUGCAGAAGACAUGGAAGAGUUCCAGGAGAAAUACGGGUCUGGAGUUGAUGGCAAGGAUGUUCGCAGUGACGCUAGAAAGGCUUAUGAGGAAUUCUAUGAAGGGGAGGAAGAAAUCAAUAGACAACUGAAUGUCUUCGCUCAGAACAUGAAAGUGUCAUAUGGCGGUAUAAAUGACUUGCAGACACAGAUUGGCUGGCCUUCGAAACAACCAUACUCAGAAGUCGACGGGGAUGAAGAGCUGCCCCUGGGUGCCGAGUUUCAGGCCCACAUCAACAGCUUUAUCAACAAGGAGGCCCGGAAUCCUGAAGAAAGAUACCAAAUGGCGGAGAAACUAGUCAAGCAGCUCUCAAUAUCUACUAAGCUGACAAAUCUAAGUGAAAAAGAAAGGAUCGAACAACUGGAACUUGACCUGAAAUGUCUGCAACUGCUGCGAGGUCUUCUACACAACGAGAUUGUUAAACUCCCUCUUGACUUUGAGGUCGAUAUGAAGUCAGCGAAAAAACAGUUGAAAAUGAUCGAAGAUGUUCAAAAUGCAUUGAAUAAGUAUGACUGUAUUGACGGGACACUAGAGCACCUGUCACGACCAAGCGAUGAUGUGGUACGGGAGCUGCUUGCCUUCCUUGCUGCGCUUUUGUUCAAUGGAAAUGAGGAUGUCCAGACGAGCAUGUAUGACUUUUUUACCACCACACGUGAGGAGACAUUUUUCUUUGCAAUCAAACAACGUAUGACCUUAGCCAUUAUCGCUACUCGAGAGAGGCGCGUGUUACAGGCAAUGCACCAUGCCAAGAUUGAGGAGGCACUUGCUCAGACCAAGGCCCUGCAGAAGGCUAUGGCAGCAGGAACCCUGGCUGAAAUGGCUGUACGGAACCUGAAAAAGAACAUUGUGUCUUCGAUGUCGUCAAUGAGGAGAUCUAUGCAGAGUCUAGGAGGACGUCCUAAAAGCAGGGCAAGCAGGGCAAGAUCUCCGGGAAAGAUGUUGGGAUCAAAGACAAGUAUGGCUUCAGGCAAAUUAUCUCCAAAUCAGACAUCCUUGAAAGCGCCAUUCCUGGCGCCCCCUGGUGGAGGAUCCAAGGUGGGUCCACUGAAUGGUGGGAUUGAGAUGGGCAAGCUGGGAGGAAGCCGAUUAAGUGGAAUGAGUAGUGGAAGGCCGAUGAAUGGUCUACCAACAAAGGGAAACCAGGUCGUGCCGGUUGUGCCCACGAUAGAUGUUGAGGACGUUGAUAAUAUAGACAAUGAAGAAUUUCAAAAUUUGUUGGAGAACUCAGAAAUGCCCGAUCUUGAGUUUAAAGAUGAUGGUUACAUCGAGCUUGUUCUGCGAAUACUUGGUCUUAUGUGUGAUAACCAACAUGAUGGACUUCAGAAUUACUUGCGAGAACAACCUGACAACAUAAAGUCUGUGAACCUGGUUGGAGAAACGACCAAAUUCCUGAACAUCCUGUAUGCCAGUAUUAACAAGAACUCUGUAGGACUCAUUACACAAGUGUUCGAGACACUGGUCGAGUUUACGUCUGGCAACAGUGUGAACCAGUCUGUGGUGUUUGACAACAAAAUCUGUGACUAUGUGAACCACAUUCUGCGGGUUGGCGUCUACCAGGACUGCAAGGAUGAUGAGGUCUACUCGCUGAAGCAUGCCAUCGGAAUCCUUAUACGCUGUCUGACAGAGGAAAACUCGAAAAGUAACAGUGAGGAGCAAAUGUCAUCCUUACCAAGGUCAGGAGAGAUGGCGCAUCUUCAUACUGUAUCCGCCAAGGAGGUGAUGGAGUACCUCGAUAUUGAUGUUCUGGUGAACACUAUGACUGAAGCUUACAUGGCAUAUGAGAAACUACAGGAUAAAACAUCUCGUGAGGAUGAAGAGCUGGACAACCUUCUACAGGGUGUGGGGUUCCAAUACUACCACCUGAUUGCGCGCAAGAUGGACCUUGACCCUUCAGUCACGCGUGAAUCAAUCCUCAAGACAGAGGACCAGGUUUCGGCAUUUGACUACUACAAGGGCAGCACACUGUCCAUCGAAAUCGUGAAGGACGACAUCAUGCAGAAAAUGUACUUCAGAGUCAAAGACAAGAAAGUACUCAGAGAAGAAAUCAAAGACAAGUUCAAAUAUGAGGUUGACCGCACAUCACCCAGCAACAAGAUUCGUGAUUUUAUGGACUGGUCCAGUGACAUCAUAAAGGAUAUCAAAUAUCAGCGGAGAGUGCAUGCAAACCCAGUUGGCAGACUGCUUACAAAGAUGUGGUUGCCUCUGAACUACAUGGUGAUGUUGAUAACACUUGCCAUCACUAUGGUAGUUCUCGUCACCUGGGAGGCAGAUGACACUAAACCAAGUUACAUACCCGGGUACAGAUUUUCAGGUGGCAGCACUGCCAUCUAUGUCCUUGGGGGCAUACACAAUUUACUGUCUCUAGCGAUAUUCAUCAGCUAUGUGGUAUCUAACAGACCCACGUUUCCUUCCUUCGCAGACAUAGUCAGUGUGUGCAGGAAAAAACAUGAAGCAGAAGAUGAAAGUGAGGGUACGUGGAAUGACAAGCAGGGUGAAUCACAUCUAGAAAUGAAGGCAUAUGGAGUGAAAACCAUUUAUUAUGUGCUGUUCCUAGGAUGUUCCAUAGCCGGCACUAUUACAGAUGGCUACUUCUUUGCCUUCCACUUGCUCCACAUUACGGAGAUGAACCAGCUUCUGAAGAGAGUUAUUCAGGCUGUUACAACAAAUGGAAAGUCAUUACUGAUGGUCGCCCUUCUCGGUCUGGUCAUCUUUUAUAUAUACGCUCUUAUUUUAUUUGCGUUUUAUCGAGAAUGGAUGUGGUCGACCGAGAACGGCCGCCACUGUACCACUAUUUACGAGUGUUUAACGUCCAUUAUCCAUCAUGGACUGGUUGAAGGACCCUAUACGCAAUUUGAAGGCAACAUGUCAGACGACUUCAAACAGGCCAUUGGAAUUACGUUCUUCGACGUUUCAUUCUUCAUCAUCAUUACGACCAUCGGCCUGAACAUCAUCUUCGGUAUCAUCGUUGAUACAUUCUCACAGCUGAGAGAUUCUAAGUGGGAAAUCGACAAAGAUAUGCAAAGCAACUGUUUCAUCUGUAGCAGAGAGAGUUAUGAUUUUGAAAGACAGGGAGGCGGUUUCAUAAAGCAUGUUAAGGAGGAGCAUUACCAGUGGGCGUACCUGUUUUUCUUCAUUCACUUGGACGAGACGCGGCCUAAUGAUUACUCAGCUCUUGAGCUAUUUGUCUACAAACUCCUGACAAUCAACAACUUUGAGUUCUUCCCCCUGAAUCGAGCUCUGAGUCUCGAGAAUGAGGAAGACACGAACGAGCAGAGAAUGGAACACCUCCAGCAGCAGAUUGACUACCUGGUUACUAAAAUGAAAGAGCAGGAGGCCGAUCAUCUAAGAGCAAAGGAAAAACAGCGCCAACAGGAAUGGGAACAGACACACAAGAAAAAUGGGAAUAAGGGAACAUAAAAACCUAUAAACUCUAAAGUAUACAAGGAAAACAUGGUGAACAAAACAGGAUCAUUGGUUCUUGAAAGAAUACUAUGUAAUAGCUUGUGUUACUUUGCUUUUUAUUUUAUAUCUUCGCCAUUCGAUAUUGUUGUAGACUCCAAACCCUAAAAAUGACACAUACUUUUUCUGGAAUCAAUGACCACAAAUACAUGAUA